AUGGGGUACGCGCUCACAGCGGUCGGAUGGCUCAUUUCGGCUAUAAUCUUGUUCGCUCUUCUGGGUAUCGACAUUCGCCGGCAUCAGCAAGAAGCGUCUCAUGAAGCGCUGAUGUACACGGAGAAUUUUUUUGCCGCAGUGUUCGCUGCAUGCAUCUACGCAUUGGUGUCAAUCCUGCUUCUUAUCCAUGUUCUAUUUUUCUGUACUCGUUCUGAACAUACAAAUGUCGUCGAAUGCACGAGCACUAUGUUUCGACUUACUUUCUUCGCCAUCCUGCUUCUGGGCGGUGCGGCUGUGUACAGCAAAAUCGAAGGCUGGACGUUGAUAGACGCACUUUACUUUACCGACUACACCGUUCUUACAAUUGGUCUCGGCAAUGUGGUUCCCAAUACACAUCUUGGGCGCAGCUUACUAUUUCCAUACGCUACUUUGGGAAUUAUCAGCUUGGGACUUGUGGUCGCCGCUGUGAUGUCUGUUACGGAUCAAUUACGUGAACUCCGCUUGGCAGCUACCAUUGACAGUGUCCACGGGGAUCUGCCAAAUAUGGACUCAGAAAAACGGCCAGCGAAGAGGACAGUCUCUUGUGGCUUGAAAUCUCAAGGCUCUUUUGCCAGCAGCGUCACUCAAAGGUACACGAUGUACCUGAAGGAGCAAGAGAUCAAAGCGCGCUUUUACCGGAGAUCAAGAUGGAUCGAUAUCCUUCUCUUCAUGUCGGCUUGGUUCAUGCUUUGGCUGGUGAGUGCAGCCGUGUUUCGCCAUUCCGAAAAGGAAUCCAACUGGUCCUACUUUGUUGCGCUGUAUUUCACAUAUACAUCGCUCACCACAAUCGGAUAUGGUGAUUAUUACCCCACGAGCAACUUUGGCAAAGUCUUCUUCAUUUUCUGGUCGCUGCUUGCUAUCCCCAUCCUGACUAAUCUGGUGACACUGAUGGGAGGUGUUUUCCACACGUGGCUGAGAUAUUUGUCGGGCUGCAUGAGUGGGCAUGUAUGGCACAGAAAUCGCACGAAGGAGCUCAACCACGAGACAAGGCACUACUCAAGACUCAAAGGCAAGGAUGUCCAGAUCCAGACUAGUUAUGAGAGCUGUGAGAUGGACAUAGAGAGGUGCACUCCCGAUGGUCCGUCUUCUUCGAGCCGAUAUCUUCAGUCGGUGCCUCCGAUGAAUACCGUAUCAGGUCGGUGUACAGCCGAAGAAAUUGACCCAGCGGAUCCCAGGCGGGCAAUGACACAGCAACAUCUGAUGGUCCUGGAGGAAAUUCAAAACCUCAUCACUCUAACCAGGGAAGAUAGGCACAGAAGUUCGGAGAAGCUGUGCUGUAGAUGGUCAAGGGUAAUCCCUCUCCUUCGGGCUCAGAACAACUCCGAAGACCUAGAAGGCCUCGUAUCCUUGUUUGCAUCUGCCAGGUCUGCCACCGCACCGAGAAGCACAGCUAAAGAUAGCAAGCAUGAGCGGGAAGUGAGAAAUAUGGAGAUCCUGUGGAUGGUCAGUCUACUUGUGGAAAGACUUUCUGUCGAUCUGCGACAUGAGCUCUCUCGGUCUAUUUGA